AUGGCUAACGAACUAACCCCUUUAAAGAGCAAUGACGAAGCAGAUGACUACUAUUUAGAGGAGGAGGAAGAGGAAUGGUCCCAAACCGCAAUCUAUGCCAUGUGGGGUGGCGGUGUGGCUGUCUGCUUGGGUAUGCUAUACCUUUUUAUCUUCUUCUUGCCAUCUGUGUACAUACCUGUGGCAAGACCUUUGGACGGGGUGGUAAAGGUUGCAGAAUUAGACGUCGGACUCCUGGUUUUAUCCCCAAAGAGAGUCAAGGAGUUGGGUUUGGAUAAGUUUCAGUUCAUUGAUAACGAUAAGAAGGACGAAGACGAAGACGACUACGAAGUAGAUGAAGCUAAUAAGGACGGCAAUGAUUAUGAAGCGGAUGAACAGGAAGAUGGAGAGCAUGCAGUCUCUACCGCUAAUGGAGUGGAAAGGUAUAUUCUUGUCGGAGACGUUCACGGAGAGUACCAAAACCUUCAAAGGCUUUUAAAGAAAAUCCUGUACAACAAGAAAACAGACUAUCUCUUGCUACUUGGAGAUUUCAUCACCAAGGGCCCCGACUCGUUGAAAGUGCUUGACUGGGCGAUUGAAAACGACGUGGACUGUAUCUUGGGUAACCAUGAAUACUAUGUGUUGCAGAACUAUGCCCAGUUCCACAACUUGUAUGCUCCAUUCUUCCAGGACUUGAACUCCACGUCCAUGGAAACACACUUCUCCACCAGAGACAAGUUCAACAAUGACCCCGAGUACUUGCUUGCAAAGAAGUUGCAACUACACCAGGUUGAAUACAUAAAUAAAUGCUCAGUUAUUAAGAGGUUGGGGCAGGUACCGUUCCAUAACCCAGAGGCUAACAAUGGGACCAAGAGAUCGGUUCAAGGUGCCGCUGUGCAUGCUGGGUUGCGCUGGGACUUGUUGGCAGAUCUUAAUGAGCAAGAGCCCAUGGAUAAUUUGGAAAUGAGGAAAUUAUUACCUCCUUUCUACAACGAGACUACAGACGAUCCACAUGCCGAAGGUGCCAUUGGUUGGACUAAGAUCUACAAGAACAAGCAAAAGGCAUUAUCAUUGAAGGAUAAAUUGGUAGUUUACUACGGGCACGAUGCGAGAAGAGGACUUCGCUUGAGCAAGUACACUAGGGGCUUAGAUUCUAGGUGUAAUGCCGGAGGGCACCUUUCUGCUAUGAUCAUAUGGAAGGAAGCAGGUGCGAAGGGAAAGAAGGUGGUCUAUAAAGAGCAAGCAUUCCAAGUUGAAUGCAAAUAG